GUUUUAACAAGAGCGCGAAGAAAACAAAUGUCACGUGACUUUUGCUAGCUAACAUGUUUAAUCAAACUUUAAAGACGUUUCCUGACAAAAAGCUGGCGCCGCCAGCUCCCGGGAACCUGAAGCCCCUCCCCCUCGCCCUCGCCGUCACAUUCCUCCGCCCUGACUCACCGCGGGAACCUUCGCUUGACGCCAUGAAGACAGACAAAGGUGGUGGCGACAUAAAGCCUCAGACGGCCAGCAUCACCUGAGGAACUGGAAGGUGAUGCUGUGGCUGGUGGCGGCGCUGCUGGCGCUGGUGGAGGACGCCUUGUCCGAGGAGGACGUUCCAGAGGGCAACCUGGACUUGCAAGGUGUCCUGGUCCUGGGGCAGCCCUCCUGGCCUCCUCAAGAUGAAGUGGACCCUCUCUGGCCGGAAUCCUUAGAAGAAUGGACGCUGCUGCAGGAAGAGGACGCCCCGCAUCAGAGCAGGUGGCGGCGUUUCCCUCACAACGCGGACCUGAGCUCGACUUCCCGGCGGAAGCGCAAGAGGACCAAGAGCAGCCCGGACUGCCGGCUGGAGAAGAGGCAAAUGCGAGUGCGCGACCUCGGCCUGGGCUUCGACUCGGACGAGAUCGUGCUCUUCAAGUACUGCGUGGGCUCCUGCCACGGCGCCCGCGGGAACUACGACCUGGCGCUGAAGGCCCUGGUGGCCCAGGGGAGCGUCUCCGGGCGCAAGGUCAGCAGCCAGCCCUGCUGCCGGCCCAGCCGCUACGAGACCGUGUCCUUCAUGGACGCCCACACCAUGUGGCAGACCAUCAGGUGGCUCUCCGCGGCCGACUGCAGCUGCGUGGGCUGACCGGCCGGCGGACGCUUCUACGGGGAUGUGACGGAACCUUUCACCGGGGCCGGAGUGCGGCGGUCCUCACAAAGACAGGAUAAGGAGCCGAGGGACACUCGAGCUCUUGUCCAAAGCCUAGAGGCUGGCCAGAGUUGCUCCUGGAGGGAGGCCACAAAGCCGCCGUGGCACCGCGAGGAUUGUCUGCCGCCAGCCUGGAUUUAGAGCGGCCUGCUUUGACUCCUCCGCCAAAGCGAAGACCCCCUCAGGCAAGACUUUGAAGGACACCCCUUACUGCUGAUGUUUUCACAUGUUUGGUUGGCGUGGCAACCGGACGUCAAGCCGCUGUAACUUUGCCAAGUUCCAGGUUUGUCUUUUCGCCUCCGUUCAAAAGUAUCGGGACAGCUAAAAAGGGCCCCCGGUGUCGGCCCUGUUCUGCAGUUCUUCCACCUCCAGGCGGGCCUGGCUUUGUGCACCGGGGGCCCGUCCACGCAGCCUCGACCGGGGCCUUCACUACCAAAUGCUUCCACAUGCCUCCCGUGCGGAUUUAUGCCGGUCUUUAUAAGACCCAAUGUUGCUCUCACCUGUGACACAAGUCUACCUGGCAGCUCCGCAUCACACUGGGGGGUCAAGACACACAUCCUUGUAGUUCUGACCUUCUUGAGACCUCCGAAAAAUGCCUCUUUAGGACCACCCUUUCUAGAUAUAUAAAGAUUUGAAUUCACAACAUUAAUAAUAUACACAUACUGUGCAAAUAUAAAUAAGCUUUUAGUUAUUUAUUAAACUCAAAACAGGCUAACAACAAAAACACUGGUGCUAAGGCAGAAAAGGCAAACAAAGAGCUACUAGCGUGUGAGCUAGGGGAACAAAACCGAACACUUGCUCGAGGCACAACUGGCAAAACAAGGAGCUAGCAUGUGAGCUAGGAAAACGGCGAGCUAAACGAGAAAACUAGCAAGUCCAAAACAGUAGGUUACCAUAGAGGGGAGUCCACGAAGUCAUCGAUAGCGUGUAGCAAAACUUGACGAGUAAAUAAAAAAGGCAGGCUUAAAUACUGACGCAAUGAUCAAGACACCGGUGCGCGUAAAGCAAGAGCAGGUGGGACGAAUCAGAAACCAUGGUAACGGAACAAACAGGGAAGUGCACAAACAAACUCAAAGGUCCAAAUAACAGCCGAGCCGGGCAGCGGAUUGUGACACACUAUUUACUUCUAGUUAUUACAGUUUGUCUCUAUAGACAUAUUUAUUUUAUUAAUUUCGGUCAAAGGGGGCGCAUUUCAAUUUCUUACACACACUUGUUAUUUCAUAUGUCGACCAGAGGGGGAGCACUUUUAAAAGUGACACGAUGCAAAUAUAAAAAGGGAAGCUUCUAGUUCAUUUAAAAAAAAUGUUUUAAUUGUUUUCUAAAUCUUCAUUAUUUCUUUCUAAUUAUUACAGUAUUUCUAUAUACAUAUAUAUAUAUAUAUAUUUUUUAUUUUUUGGCCAUAGUAGCGCAUUUCAAUUUCUUACACAUCCUUGUUAUUUCAUAUGUUGACCAGAGGGGGAGCACUUUUAAAAGUGACAUUAUGCAAAUAUAAAAAGGUAAGCUUUUAGUUAAUUUUAAAAAAUAAAAUAAGAUUGUAAUUGUUUUUUUAAAUCUUCAUCAUUGGCUUCUAGUUAUUACAGUAUGUCUCUAUAUACAUAUUAAUUUUUUUUAUUUUUUUUAUUUUGGCCAAAGGGAGCGCAUUUUACUUUCUUACACACACUUGUUAUUUCAUAUGUUGACCAGAGGGGGAGCACUUUUAAAAAGUGACACUAUGCAAAUAUAAAAAGGUAAGCUGUGACAAUCGUGGGUACUUUAACUUUAACUUUUGAGUUAAUUAAAAAAUGUUUAAUUGGUUUGUAAAUCGUCAUUAUUUACGUCUAGUUAUUACAGUAUGUCUCUAUAUACAUAUUUAAAAAAAUAUGUAUAUAGGGAGCGUAUUUCAAUUCCUUACACACUUGUUAUUUCAUAUGUUGACCAGAGGGGGAGCUCUUUUAAAAGCGACAAACAGUCAAUGUGAACAAUCCCUCCUUUUUGGGAGCACCCUCAUUUUGAUAGAUAUCACCACAAAUGAGACAUUGUCUAUUAGAUGCAAUGUUAUUGGGACCAUCAUUUAUGUCAUCACUUCUUCACACCUCCUCAUAUGGAAGAUACUUUUCCUUCUUUGUGUCUCCAGAAGGCUAGAAAUACAAGCCCACACAUAGUUGACCUCCAUGUAAACACGUGUGUCUGCAGCGUCCUUGUUUACAUGUCAGUCAACAGAGUUGUGAGAUGCCAUGACAAAUAUAGACGGGAGCCAAGCGGCUUUUCAACACUCACUUUAAUUUUAGACGUGUCCAGACUUCAAACGGCCAACAAACGUUUUCGCCGUUUCGGACAAAGCACUCGGACUGCGUUCGCUGGUUUCAUGCGCGUGACUUGGACUCAGAUCAGGGGUGUCCAAAGCGUGGCCCGCGGCACAUUCUAGAAACUCAGCCUUUAAAAAGUGAAUAAAAGAGCAUCUGGGUGAAAUGUAACAAGAAAAAGUUGCAAUGUUGACUCUUAAGAACACAAAUUGGGAGGGCUAAAAACAAAAAGUUGUUUGCAGGCCGUGGAAGAAAUAAUGAAUGACAAUCAAAGUUAUGAAUGAUUAAUUUGUGCAAGGCUCCAAUUAUUCCACAUCUAAAAAUUCCAUUUGAAAUAUUUUUUGGGGGGGAAAAUAUUGCCAUAAAAAACGAAGGUUUCUUUGACAUGAAGGGCAUAAAACAAACAAACAAACAUGAAAAGUUAAAAAAAUACAUUAUAAUCAACACAUAGAUCUGAAGUUGAUCUAGACACUUAAGCGUAUGCAACACAUGUGUAACUUAUUUUUAACAUUUUUUACGGGGACUUUUUUUUUUUUUUAAUAAAACUCUUAUUGCUCAAAAAGAAAAAAACAAUUAGUAAUUAAAAUCAAUUUUGUUAUGCAUAUUUGACCUAUUUAAGGCUCCUAUUGCUUCAGAUCAAAUAUUCCAAAGUUUUUUUGGGGGAAA